AUGGCUGGUCAUCCGUCGUCGUUUGUCAAGACGGUCAAAUGGCUGUAUCAUGAGUCUGGUAUUGCUUCGCUGUAUCUCACUGGUCGUGAUGCGUGGCUCGUCAUUCUCUCGCGGACAUGUCGCAUGUUUGCCUUUGGAGCUGUAUCCCUCACGAUAGCUCUUUUCUUCUCGGAGUUGGGCUUUUCAGACUUUCGCAUUGGUCUGUUUAUGAGUCUUACUCUCCUCGGCGAUGUUGUGCUCGGUCUAGUCAUCACUCUUAUGGCUGACGGCCUCGGUCGUCGUCGGGUUCUCUUUGCAGGUGGCCUGCUCAUGGCAGUUUCCGGUGGCGUAUUCUGCGUCUUUGAGAACUUCUGGAUCCUGCUCCUCGCUGCUGUCGUGGGCGUCGUGAGUGCCAGUGGCGCCGACUUUGGCCCCUUCCGAGCAAUCGAAGAAUCGAUGCUCUCACACAUUACGACACCAAAGACACGGGCCGAUGUCUUGUCUUGGUAUGUCACAUGCUCAAGUCUUGGAUCGGCAGCUGGCACGGAACUUGCGGGGAGGUUUGUGGAGAGACUGAAGCACCGAGAGGGUUGGAGUCUGGUGCAGACGUAUCACGCGACCUUUUGGAUUUACAUCGUCAUGGGCGGUUUGAACAUGAUUUCGACCUUGUCCAUGAGCAGCAAGUGCGAGGUUGAGAAGACUGCUCCAGAAACUGCCGAUGAGUUGGCUCAGGGAUUACUUCACGAUUCUGAUGAAGAACAACCCAGCCCUCCGCCGACACCAAAGGCAAAAGGCCGCUUCUCUCAAAUCUCUCAAUCUACCCGUCACGUCAUGUACAAGCUAUGGUUUCUCCUUACAGUCGAUUCCCUAGCGGAUGGCAUGGUCUCACAGGCUCUUACGACCUACUUUCUGGAUCGCAAGUUUCACCUGUCCAAGACACGCCUCGGUGACAUCAUGUCGGCGGCUAUGAUCCUGGCAACCGUCUCCACGAUAUUUGCUGGUCCACUUGCGAGACAUCUCGGACUCCUCAACACCAUGGUGUUUACGCAUUUGCCAUCCUCAGUCGCUGUCUUACUCUUCCCCGCGCCGAGUGGACUUGUCGUCACGAUUAUUCUCUUGUUUAUCCGCAUGGGUCUCAACAACAUGGAUCAAGCGCCUCGAGCAGCUUUUAUCGCCGCUGUCGUCAAGCCCGAGGAGCGCACAGCCGUCAUGGGCAUCACCAGUACGCUCCGAACUCUGGCGAUGGCUACAGGACCGUCGUUUACAGGAGCUCUAGCCGGGAGGGAAAAGUUCUGGAUUGCCUUUGUGGUGGGAGGAGUGUUGCGCAUCAUGUACGAUCUAGGCUUGUGGUCUAUGUUUGUGAACAUGAGACUACAUGCCCACGAGACUCAUCACGAUGCCGGUUCACGGAUGUCGAUCGAUGAGGAAGAUGUUGAAAUGAUGCGACAGUCGGCAGAGCAUCAGGCAUGA